AUGGAGUACUCCAACUCCAAAAAGCCCAACAAGAUAACAGAGAUAGUGAGGCUCCAGCAAAUGCUGAAGAAGUGGAAGAAGCUCUCUGUUUCCCCAAGACCCAGCAGCAGCAGCAGCAGCAGCAGCAGCAGCAGCAGAGGCAUCAAGUUCCUCAAAAGAACCCUCUCAUUCACAGACACCAUCAACACUGCUCCUGCUUCUGCUGCUGCAGCAGCAGCAUCUGUGGAUGUGCCCAAGGGUUAUCUUGCUGUGUGCGUUGGGGAGGAGAUGCAGAGGUACGUGAUCCCAACAGAGUACCUGGGCCACAGGGCCUUUGAGGCGCUUCUCCGGGAAGCAGAAGAGGAGUUUGGGUUCCAGCAAGAAGGGGUGCUGAGGAUCCCCUGCGAGGUGGGGGUGUUCGAGAGCAUACUCACUGUGGUCGAGAAAACCAAGGAUGGCUGUUGGUACUACUGCUCCUCUGAGUCUUCUGAGUUUGCUUACAACCACUUCUCUCCUGAUAACCCACUGUGUAGGUAA